ACUGAGAAGAGUUCACAUAAGGCACGCAUAUGUUCAUCGGAUUACGGAAGCUGAUCUCAAUGAUGCUGCUGUGGGUCAUCGUGGCUGCGCUUCUGACGGAUUGCGAGGCCAGAAGUGUUGUGGAUAGGCGUGAUAGUUCCGAGAGCAAUGGUGGCUCGACCAAUGAACCUAGUGCAGACUUACGCCUGCAGGAGUAUGCGGAUUUCAUGAAAUCCUACAUGAACCAAAGUGCAGCGCCCUGCGAGAAUUUCUACGAGUACGCGUGUGGAAAUUAUCGGAACUUUAAGCCGGAUCGGUACUCUACAACGAGAAGGAGCAACAUGCGCGACGCGGCUUACACCCUGAUCGACAUCACGGAUCAACUGGUGAGCAGAAUGGACCUGGCGGAGGCACUCAACGUGUCCAGCGAACUGGCGGUGGCCCAGCGAUUCUACAACGCUUGUCUGGAAGCAGAGCUCCAUCCCUUCAAUGCGGCGGAUCCCGCUCACUUGAGUCUAAUUCGAUCGAUCGGAGGAUUUCCCGCUGUGGAUGGAGCCACCUGGAAUGCGUCCAGCUUCAACUGGAUCAACAUGAGUGCCCACCUGGCCAACUAUGGAGCCAAUGGUCUGAUCCGCGAAGCGAUCCAUUUAAUCUAUCCCUUUAAGCCCUACACCAAACUGCCCGAACUGGGCUUCGACCACAUCAUCGUGCAGGAGGAAAACAUCUCGAGCAACACCACUCGCGCCUUCCGGCUGAACGAAGAGCGAAUGCACGGAUAUCUCCGGGCGUUCGGAUUGCCGGAGGAGAGGAUUAGGGAAGCAAUCGCUGGGGUCUUUGCCUUCUGGCGUGACGCACUCGAGAUCCCGCAACAGUGCGAAGUGUUUGAUCCCUACCAAAUUAAACGAGACUUUCCCCAAUCGGAGUACUACUACAACAUCUCGUGGAGCGGACGCCACUCCGCUGAGAAACUAUUCUGCGCCUUUUACUACGUGGAACUGGACAAGGUAUGCGCCCGGCAUCGCGAGGCGGUGGCCAACUACUUGGCCAUGCAGCUGCUCUAUAGAUUGGAUCCCAAGCUGAAGGCGCCCAAGUACCAAAGCAACUACUGUGCGGUUACGCUAUUCCAAUCCAUGAGGAUUCUGUUCAACAAACUCUAUAUGGCCAAUAACUUCAGCGAGGAGAAGCGGCUGGAGAUAUCGGAAAUCGUCCGGGAACUGCGAAGGAGUCUGCGAAAGACGCUGGAGGACGCCGAGUGGCUGGAUGAGGAGAGUCGGGCGAGGGCACUGCUAAAGGAGUCCACCAUUACGUCACGCAUAGGUUCGUUCCAGGAUGUUGCACUUUCGGAUCGAAUAAUCCGAGAAAUCAACAGUCUGAGGGUCAUCGAUGAUAGCUAUGCGCGGACCAACAUCAAUUUGCAGCACCUGGCUGUAGAAAUCAAACGGUUUAGCAGUCGUCACUAUCAGGAACUGGCCAAUGAUACUAAGCCCCAGAACCUCAUCAUAGGAUUGCAGGUGUCAGCGGGCUACUACACGCCGGACAACUCCAUCAAUGUGAUGGCUGGCAUGGUGGAACCGCCGAUAUACCACCGCCACCUGCCGCUCUCCCUGAAAUUCGGCACCUUGGGCUUUAUCGUGGGUCACGAGCUCAUCCACGGCUUCGAUCCGACCAGCUUCAAUUACAAUAGCAACGGUCAUUUGGAGCCCUGGUCGGAACACUCGCAACAACUUAUGGAGUAUCGCGCCGAGUGCUACAUGGACCACUAUGGCAAGUACUUGGUACCGGAGAUCAAGCGGCGGGUCAACGGAAAAACCACGUUGGACGAGAAUGUCGCAGACAACAGUGGACUCAGACAGGCCCUGCUGGCCUACCGCAACCACAAGCAGCAGCUGCUGGAACAGCCGGGGCAGGAGAGGAUCAGCGACACAUUGCCGGGCCUCGACCUGACGCCAGAACAAUUGUUCUUCCUGGGAUUUGCCCAGCUAUUUUGCUCCCACUACGAGGAGGAGCACUACUGGAAGGUUCUCACCAACGAGCACACCUUUGACAAAUUUCGUGUCCUGGGCGUUAUGUCCAACAGCGAGGACUUCUUCCAGGCCUACAACUGCUCCGUGGGCAGUGGCAUGCGUCCUGUGGCCAAAACGUGCCGACUUUGGUAGUUCAUCGCACUAAUGAAUCGAAAAAUAAUUGUUAUCAAAUUUAAAAUACAUUCU